AUGUCUGUCAGACAGAAAUUCUCCCGUCGUGCUGACACGCCCCAACUCAAGGCUACCGACCCCAAAGUCCUCACUCAAGCCCUUGAGGGCGCCCAACAGCGUUAUGACGCCUUCAUCAAGACUGGCGAAUCCACUCACUAUUCCUGGAACUGGCCGACCGGCUGUAUCGUAUGGUCGCACGGUCACAACGGCUUCACUUUGCCGAGCGGCUUCAAGCUCAGCAUGCGCGACAAAAUUGUCUCGGGCGUCCAGGAUUUCCUGAAGUCAUACCAGACGAAGGACCAUGACCACUAUGCCUUCUGCGAAUAUCUCAGCAUGUGGGACAUCUCAAGCCUCUGUUCGGGAGAGAAGUUCUUCCGCUUUCCUGAAUUCGGAUCCGUAUUCUGCGUCCAGCUGGCCUCCGAGUUCAGGCCGCAUGUUGUGAAAAUCGGUCUGCUCCAAGGCGAACUGGCUGUCUACCUUCGGCGCGAUAUCUGCAUCCCAUUCUCUCAGUUCGUCGAGACUCUUCGUCAAGCCGGGCCUCGCUUCGCCGCAAGCUACGACACGCAGCUUAGGUUUUGGGAGGCUCGAGUCUCCGUGGGGAAGGAGAAGUUCAAUUACUCUGGACUUCCGUAUGAGCUGAGGUGGCAGAUUCUCGAGAAACUUGGAGAGGACAAGGAUCUCUGGCCGUUCCUGUGGAGCAAAGACCGAAGGUGUCGAUACACUAACCAAGAGGACGUGCGCAGGUAUGGCUCUAUGGCCCUUGCUCCCGAGCAGUUUUUGUACGCGAUGCCUGGUGUUGGCGUCUUCGAAGCAAGGUCUUCGGACCAGGACAUGUUGUUCAAAAUGUCCAUCCGCCGCAACACUCUCUGCUUCGAUAGGCCCGGCCAUCUAAUCCGCUUCCUGGACCAAGUCGUCGAGAAACAGAUGCGCGAAAUCCGCAACAUCCACUUGAACUUCAGCCAUGAUGAUUUCCUGAGCCUCUUUGGAGCCAACAUCCAGCCUGGUAACCGUCACGGAAAGCUCACCAAGGUGCUGAAGACUCUGGGGCAGCUGAGCCUGGAGAACCUCUGGAUUGAGCCCAAGGUGUCCACAAACAUGGUCAUUGAGAACUACUUCACCACGCCUCAGGUCUUUGGCUGCCACAGCAAGGCCGUGCAGUACAUUUGCGGGUUGGUCACUCGCAACCUCCAGAACGCCAAGAAGCUUCGGCUUUGCGGCUUCCACGUCCGUCCCAGCUGGCAAAAGCAUCUGGACGACAUGUUCUUCGACGCAAAGCGCGCCGAGUUCGUGUCCGACCGCUUCUACGCCUCGAAGGCUCCCGAGCCGCCGCAUGCCGAGGACGAAGACGACGGUGGCGUCCCGGUUUCAGAGAAGCGUCGCCAGCCCAAUGAGGUGAUCGCCCGUGCCGGACCGCCCGUGCCUUACGACGCCGCCAUCGACCUUCCUCCGAUCGACGUGGACAAGCUGGGCCCCCUGUGGCCCUGCGAGUGCCAUGACCGCUGCCGCCCAGACCACUUCAACAACCGCGACCCGCCGAAGAAGGAGAAGGUCACUAGAAAGAACAAACCACGGGAGGCGGGAGGACCGGAAGCGGAGUCGGGUAUCUUGGGCGAGAUGAUCCAGGUCAAUGAUGCGCUGCCAAUGGGUCUGGUUCAGGACGUGAUCAACGCCAGGAAAGUUCAAGACGCGGUCAACGCUUGGACUAAUGGUGAAGACUAUCAUGACCAAGAGGACGGUGGGGAUGACUCGAACGAUGAGGACGACGCGCUGAGCUUGACUCCAGAUGAUGGCGCGGACUGGGUGAUUGAGUAG